AUGCAUGAUAAAUACAUAGUGAAAUAUCAAGCUGUACAUUGAAAUCGAUCGGAUACAUGUAACAGAUGUUAGUGAAUACAUGUAACUACCUAUACUAUUUGAAAUUCGAAUUGUGAACUGUAUUUGGCACAUUAUUGCAAGACCAAGAUUCAUAUUACUGACAAGUGAAGGUUGAGUUUCUACAAAUGGCUAAAGACCAGUUCAACCCAUUACAACCUGGGAAGCUGUGUCCCUUCAAUAGUAAUGACUGGGAGACAAUGAUGAAAAAGUGGAAUUGUCCAGAUCCGGAGUUUUAUCACUGUAUGCCAAAUCAGUACAACAUACCGGGGGAGAUCUGUGUCAAACCAAACUGGGCGUCAAAAAAUUACUGUCCCAUUUUCAAUACGGCUGCCAGUGACAUUGACCUCAUUCCCUGUGACCUUCAAUAUGGAGCAUGCUCAGAGACAGAUUACAGGUCUAAUAAAGUCUAUCUAUAUCCAGGAUGUUUGAACAAAACUUCGGUCAGUAAAAUUACGUCGAGUACAGUUGGUCCACCAAUAAAGGUUUCCUUACCUAUGAUCAUCAUACCUGUAGUCAUUGUCGUGCUCUUGCUGACCAUAGGAAUCAUCUGGUUUAUAAAAAGAAACAAGAAGAAAGGUACUAACAAAUCAAUAUUGUGUGGAGAAAUGCAACCUCUUCUAGAUAUAAAAACAUUUCCUGUUGAAUUUUUCAGAACUAUAAAUUACUUGAAUGCUGAUGUAUUCGUCAUUACUGAGACGUAUACAAAGGCCAUAGGAAUGUUAGAAACACGGGGAUGGAUAACACUUACAGGGCCACCUGGCUCUGGUAAAACAAUGACUGCUAUUCAACUGGCUAAAAGAAAACUUGGUUGUUCAGGGUCAACUCAAGGAAGGAAAUGCACUUUUCACUUCUGCAAAACCCUCGAUGAGAUUCCUGGACUAAGUAAUGACAAAUCAGAGCCAUACGUAAUUCUGGACGACUUCUUUGAGCAAUAUAGAUAUUAUCCAUCAAAAUUAUCAGUAGACAAAGCUUCGUUUGACAACAUCUUUCGGGAGUUCGUAGAUAAAGGACCAGUUCACGUAAUUUUCACCAUCAAGGAAGAUACAUGGAAUUUUCUUUGUAAGGACGCUUUGUUUUUGGACAUCUUUAAAUCAUACACGCCAUUGAAUAUGAAAGAGAAACCACUGACUACAAAAGAGAAGGAGUCUAUGUUAAGAAAUCAUCUUAGAAUAAAUCACAUUGAAAUAACGACCAGUAAGAAAGAGGAAAGGUUAAAGCAAGACAUAGAAACUUUUAUUAAUCAAGACGGAGUUACGGAAUUAAACAGCAGAACUGCGAUAACAAUUCAUAAAGACAGGAUACAGAAAAUGUCCCAUGAUUUAAAAGAGGACUUUACAUUCUUUGUCCCUGUUAUAAUUGACUUAAUGUGCGUUAACAGGUACAUGUUGAGAAAAUAUGAUUACGUAAUGUCCAAGACAUUUAGAAAAACUUUAAAAAUGCAUGUAGAAAACUGGAUAAAAUCAGAAAAGGAUGAAGACAAGAAAAGUUUCUGUGUGGUCCUCUUCGCUGGUUUGUGUAGUGGAGUGGUGUCCAUAGACGAUUUCCACAGCGAUACCAAAGGAAAGAUUUAUGUAAAUGUGUGCAAAAAGUAUAAGGCCGAAUCAUGUGAUCGAGCUGAAAUCGAAUAUUUUAUGAAAAGAAAUGUCCGAGUACGUGGAUUUCUUUACUCAGUCUCAGAUUCUUCUCAGACCUAUGUGUUCCAUCAUGAAUCUCUUCUAGACUUUUUUCUUGUUUACGCAUGCUCAGAUGAAGCAUUCUUAAUUGAAAAUGCAAAUAUAGAUUAUAUACUACAGCGGUGUAAACUAUCAGACAAGAAUAUUGCAGAUUUCUUUGCUGAGAAACUUGGAAAUACCAUAGAAAGUGUUGAAUUGAAUGCAACAGAUAAAUUAGUAGACAGAAUCCGAGCAGAAAUAAGACAAGGGCACGAUAUUCCACUUUGGGAUUGUCAUAUUUUUCGGAAACAUGAAACUUUUAAUAAUAAAUGGAAUAAAGCGCCAUGUGUAUCUAAAUGUGACAAGCCAAACACAGCAGAAGAUGCUGUUGCGGAAGAAAACGGAGAAAAGAAAUAGAAUAAUACAACAAAAAUCCACAAGAACUUACAUUUAAGUACUUUAAAAACCGGUUGAAGUGCAUUUUGAAAUCUGAUAAAGGAUGAAUUGGACAAAAUGAAACCGAGUCUUACAGCGUACAACAUAAAAUCCGCUGCUUUUGUAAUAUCGGCUCUAACUGUUUAAGCUAUUACUUAUUCACAUUUUGUUACAUAUAAAACUUGUAGUCUAAAUAAAUUUGUGUAAUACCGGGGGGUAUCCAAAAUUAUUUGGGGUGGGUUGGGUUCGGAGCACAGCCAUACAUUUUCAGUUGGCGGCACUAUCACUCUAUCUACUACCAAAAAUUCCUGGACAAGCAAUAUAAGCAAAAUAAAUCAUCAAACAUCACUAUUGAGGGGGCACAAGUGUAUGCGAAAUGGUAUCUAUAUUUCUGUUUAAGUGUUCAGUCUUCAUAUUGGCAAAGUUAUUGGGGGAAGGGGGGGGCG